AUGGAGACAGUAAAUUUUGUUAUCCAUAUAUCUAGUGUAACAUUAAAUUUAUUAUCUUGUACUGUAGCAAUUUUUAUUAACUGGAAAAAUUAUGAAAAUGAUUAUGAUCGAGAAUAUAAAAAAUUAGUUUUUGCGCAAUUUAUAUUUGGACUUUUAUCUGGUAUUAUUAAUGCUAUAAAUAGAUGUGAACUUAUUUUUUAUAAAAAUUAUCUUAUAUUUUAUUAUGGCUAUUUUAGUCAGUAUUCAUAUGAUUUAUUAGUAUAUAAAAUAAUACUUGGUUUAUAUCUUUUUAUAACUGAUAUUGAUAUUGCAUUUCCUUCAGCUGUUAUAUUAUCAAGAUAUUUUGUUUGUUGUAAUUUAAGGAAAUUAACUUUAAAAAAUGUAAUAUUAAUUACACUAGUACCAAUAGCAUUAUCUGUAUUGUGUUUUGUUAAUGGUUAUGUUAUCAAUCAUAAAAUUACACCUGUUGAUAUUGUUUCAAAUUUACUUAAAGACACUUCUUCUGGAGAUUUUAUUAUAAAUCAUCAAAAAACUACAACAUUUAUGGUUUUUUGGAGUAAAGAAUAUGUUAUUUGUAUUUCUAUUAUUAUAUCUUAUUUUACAUUAAAUUAUAUAAUAAUUUUUAUAUUUUAUUACAAAUAUAUAAAAUUUAUGAAAUUACAGGCACCAGUUAUGUCUGAAAGAACAAGAAAAUUACAAAAAGAAUUUUCUAAAAUAAUUAUUUUUCAAAGUUUAGCACCAAUAGGAUUAUGUAGCAUUCCAAUACUUGCAUAUGUUGGAUUUUUUUGUUUUCAUUAUCAAUUUUUAACACCAUUUUAUGGUACUAUUAUUUUUCAAUUACUUAGUCUUGUACCAAGUGUUAAUGCAUUAUUGUAUAUCUUUAUGUCAUCUAAGAAUCGUGAAGAAUUAUUCAAAUUAUUAAAAUUAUUAUUUAUGUAUGAUUAUUUUAGAGAAAUUUUUACAAAUAACAAUAUAUGUGGUGUAUGGAUUAUUUUUAAAAAUAGAUUUAAAAAUAGUAUUAAUAGUUUAUAUUAA